AUGCGCGACGGUGAUGUUGGCGAGCGAGGCGCAGAGGACUACUUCCCGUCGGGUGAGUUCCAAGAAUCUGCCACAAGCACAAAGAUCCCCUGCGAACCGGCGAUGAGAAUAGGCCAUGGCUACGACAUCCACAAGAUGCUGCCCAGGGACGAGCCAGAAGGCUGGGGCAAGUGCACGCCGCAACCAGCGGUCAUCGGCGGAGUCGCGUUUGAGGACUUUCCGCUAGGGGUGGUCGCACACUCGGAUGGCGACGUGGUGUACCAUUCUACCACGGAUGCGAUAUUGGGAGCUCUUGGCCUUCCCGACAUCGGACAACUCUUUCCGGACAACGAUCCGCGCUGGCGGGGCGCAAACUCCGAGCAGUUUUUUGACGAGGCUGUCCGGCUCAUGGGCCUUCGUGGAUACCGCAUUGGCAACGUGGAUGUGACGAUCAUUGCUGAAAAGCCAAGACUGGCCGGGCGAAAGGCAGACAUGAAGGAGAACAUUGUUCGCAUUUGUGACACUAUACCCGCUCGCGUCAAUCUGAAGGCGAGAACACAUGAGAAGCUGGACUCUGUCGGAGAGUGCCGAGCGCUUGAAUGCCAUGUUUGCGUUCUCCUCGAGAAAGCUUGA